UUUCAGAGCUCACUGAACCUCUGGGGGGGACAUGGCAGAGAAGCUGCCUAGUGCAUGGAGCGUAGACGCCAAUCUGAGCAGCAAGCUUGAAACUGCCACUUGCGACCUUCAGGUUAUCUAUAGGGGCUCUGGCAAAAGUGACGCUGAGGCCGCUGCGGUGAAGGCAAACCGGCCUGUUCCAACCAGUGUGCCAAUCUUCUACUAUGAAGUGCGAGUCAUCAGCAAGGGGAGGGAUGGAUACAUCGGCAUCGGGUUUUGCGCGGACCGGGUGCUGAUGUCACGCCUCCCAGGAUGGGAGCUUCAUUCAUACGGGUAUCAUGGCGAUGACGGGUGCUCGUUCCGGGGGUGCUCGCGGGGCACCAUUUACGGGCCCACGUUUUCGACAGGGGACGUCAUUGGAGCAUGUUACAAUCAGCUGGAGCAUUACAUCAUGUACACGAAAAACGGGGUCAGCCUUGGAAUCGCAUUUCCAGGCGUCAACGAGUUACUGUAUCCGACAGUCGGCCUGCGAACUCCUGGGGAGAAAGUGGAGGCCAACUUCGGGACGAAGCCGUUCGUGUUCGACAUAGAUAGCUUUGUUCAGGAGCAAAAGCGGACAGUGCUAGCGACGAUUCAGUCAACCCCGAUUCCGGACUGUGACGUCGUGCGGCGGCUCGUGCUGUCGUACCUGACGCACCAUUGCUACUGCGGAACGGCGGCGGCGCUUGCGCGGGAUCUCGAGAAGGGCGGCCUCCAGGGGGAUCGACUAGAUAGUAUGCUGCGGAGAAAACAGCUUUGUAGUUUAGUGGAGGAGGGGCGGAUAGACGAGGCUAUCCGAUUGAGUCAGGAGGCGACGCCGAUGCUCUUCUCCGCUUUUCCGGAGGUGCUGUUCUCCUUGAAGUGCCAAAAGUUCGUAGAGAUGGUCCGCGCGGGCAAUGACGAGGCGACGAUGGCGUACGGCCGCAGCGAGCUAUGCGGCGGCGAGCAGCCAGGGGGGGCGACCGAAGCAGUGCAAGAAGUGGUUGGACUGCUCGCCUACCCCGACCCCCAGGCGAGCCCCCUGUCUUACCUGCUGGAGCAGGGGCGACGGAAGGCCGUCUCGGAAGAGCUCAACGUCGCCUUGAAAGCAUUGCAAGGGGAGCCCAGCCGGCCUCCGUUGACGACACUCUACUGCCAAGCGGCAGCCGUCCAUAAGGAGUUGGCCUCUACCGUCGGUCGAGCAGCCAGGCUGGUUGAUCUUGACUCCGACAUGCUCGGCAUCCGAGGGGAAUCAGCCUAGGUAAUUUCGGGAGGUCAUAUCUAGUGAUUGUCGCAAAAGCACAGCUCUCAAGCAAAGAAUUAGACAUGUACAAUACUUGGUGGAUCAAGCAGGUUUCUGAUGACGAUGUGGUUUGCCCCUUCUUAGGCUAGUGUCAUUGAUGAGCGGUAGAUGCGCGCGUUUGGCAUAAGUAGGGAGUUGGGACUCCUCAGGUAUGGUCAAGGAACUUGGAGUAACGGCAGCCGAGCUCGGCGUGUCACAUUUACAUGGUCGUGUGGCGCCAUUGCAGAGGAUUUAAAGCAGUCAUGAAGAACGAUCCUAACGUUGAUUCUCGUCAUUUAUGCGUGAACCGAUUGAUCAUUCAAACAUACUGUCUGUCGUAGUCGAAUCAAG